AUGGAAACUUUCAACGGAUACGUGAUGAAUUUAGCGAAUAGCAUAAUAGGAGCGAGCGUGCUAGCGAUGCCCUACUGCUUCAAACAAUGCGGAAUAAUUCUAUCGAUAGUGCUCCUGUUGUUGAGCAGCGUAGCCUCGAGAUUAACCUGCCAUUUCCUGCUGAAAUCCGCCAUAAUAUCGAGAAGAAAAACGUUCGAACUGCUUGCGUUUCACCUGUUCGGGGGACCGGGAAAAUUGAUAGUAGAGAUCGGUAUGAUCGGUUUCCUGCUGGGCACUUGCAUUACUUACUUCGUAGUAAUGGGAGACUUGUGUCCCGUCAUUCUGACCGAAAUAACGAAAACCCGCAUAACCGGCACCAUGCACACCACCAUCUUGAUGUCCCUAGCGCUGCUGAUUAUCCUACCGUUGGGCUUGCUGCGGAACGUUCGCAGUCUAACAGGCGUAUCGAAGGCCACGAUGGUAUUUUACUGUUUUCUGAUAUUAAAAGUGAUCGUGGAAGCCCUGCCGCGUUUGUUCGAAGACGAUUGGUACAAGCAAGUGAAUUUAUGGCGACCGCAGGGGAUUUUACAAUGCAUCCCGAUAUUCUCGAUGGCCUUGUUCUGUCAGACGCAGCUGUUCGAGAUCUACGAAGUGGUGCCGAAUCCGACGCUGGACAAAAUGAACGGCGUGAUCAAAUCGGCCGUGAACGUUUGCACGGGGGUGUACAUUUGCGUGGGGGCUUUCGGUUACAUCGCUUUUUCCAAUAAGCCUUUCACGGGUAACGUUCUGUUGAGUUUCGAGCCGAGCUUAAUGACGCACGUGUUGAAAGUGGGAUUCGUGUUUUCCGUCGCGUUCAGUUUCCCUCUCGUGAUUUUCCCUUGCAGGGCGAGUUUGUACUCGUUGUUGUUCAAAGAAGGCUACACGAUCCACGAGGGAAACACCAAUUACAUACCCGAAGGGAAAUUCAAAGCCCUCACGUUGCUCAUCGUAUCCGUAUCUCUGGUUAUAGCGAUACUAAUACCUAAUAUAGAGCUAGUGCUAGGCUUGGUAGGCUCCACUAUCGGUAUAAUCAUUUGCGUUUUAUUCCCAGUGACGAGCUUCAUAUGUAUUUCGCAAAAAAACACCAACGAACGGAUCGUCGCUCAAAUACUACUAGCAAUCGGGGUGUUCGUUAUGGUAGUGGGAACCUACAAAAACAUCCAAAAGGUCGAUAACAUCGAGAUUAAACACUUACCAGAGAAAUUCGAAGUGAAAUCCUUCCCUAAAGUGGCCCCUACGGCUAUUAACCAAGCCAUACCGGUGCCUCUUCAACCGGUUAAAAACGAAAACAACCACCCCCCUGUAGAGGAGAAGCCAAUCGAAGAAAUUCGAGUGAAAGACGUCAGACACGAACCACCCCAACCUGUCGAGCCCGUCGAAGAAUUAAAACCGCCCCCGAUCAAGAACAAAAUCGAUCGCAAUCAAAUCAACGACACGGUGGACAUCGAAGCGAUCAAAAAGGAAGACAAAGAGGAACAGCUCGAGCGAAAGGAAGACAAAGAAGAACAACUCGCGAUAAAGGAACCCGUCAAAAAGGAAAAGCCGGAAAAGCCGCCGGAGACGAGGGAAUCCCCUAAAGAGGACCUCGACAAGGACCACAAGCAACUGAUCGACACCAUCCAGAAGCAGAACGAAGUGCAAAAGGAAAUCGUCGAGCAGCAAAAGCAGCUGUUGGAGGUCUUCAAGCAACAGCAGCAGAAGAAGGAGGCCGAUAAGAAAAUCGACGAGGUCAAAAAGGAGAAAAUGAAGGCGGUAAAGGAGAUCGAAAGCAUAGCUCUGAAAGCCAUAGAGAAAAUCAGCGAAGGGGAGGACAGCAAGAAAGUCGUAGACGAUUUGAAAAAAGGUAUAGAACACAAAGAAUCGAAGCUGGCCGCGAAGAACAACAGCAAGGAAUUCGAGAAGAGCGCCGUGAAUUUGCAAACGGAAAUCCAACAGUUGAGUUCUCGAUUGGAUCGAGCCGGCUUGGAAAUCAAGAGCAAAGAAUCGAACAACAAAAUCGAUUCGAUCAAAAGUAAGAACGAUUCGGUACUUCCCCCGUUACCCGUCAUUUUAGCCAAAAAAGUGGAACCGAAAGAAAAUCUAACCAAGAGUUCGAAGCCUGAAGAAAACGAGAAUGUCGCGAUGAAGAGGGAUAUUUUAAGCUUGGUACAAUAA